ACUCCCUUCCAAGAUGUGGAAUCAGAUAGAAAGAGAGGUGGGAGAGUAUAAAUGAUCUGUGUUCAGACAAAGAACUGACUCAUUUGGUUUCUGGCUUUUGAGCUUUGGUCUCUCUGAAACACUUGAACUCCGCUCAUCUCUGAGGGUGUCUGCCUGGUCUUAAGAGUAAGACCUUUACGACAACGCAUUGGAGGAUCUGUGAGCUGAGCUGAUAUCACACUCAAGACACUUCAACUCCCAGGAUGCGUCUGCUCUGUGCUCUGGGUCUCUUCUUGGCCCUGCUGCAUGUGACCUCCUGUCUGCUGAUUGGAGCCUUCAAUAUUGAAAACUUUGGACACGGGAAAUUCAAUAAAGAAGUCACGACUCCAAAAGGGAUCAUCAAAGCGAUAGACAUCAUCACAGAGAUUGUCCAGCGCUAUGACAUCAUUCUGAUCCAGGAGCUCCGCGACAAAGAUGGCACAGUAACCGAAAGACUCAUGGAGCUUGUUAACAAAGGUUCUCAUCAGUUCAGAAACAUCUCCAGUGGUUACCUGGGUCCCAGCAGCCGUAAGGAGAGAUACCUCUUCCUCUACAGCGAUGAGACGGUGACCGUGAAAGAUCAAGAAGACAGCUUCCAAUACGAUGACACGGCAGGCGUCUUCGACAGACCGCCCUUCGUCGUCAAGUUUUCCUCCACACAGACCGGUAAGGAAUUUGUUCUGAUCCCCAUUCACACCCAAACGGACAAAGCUGUAAAAGAAAUUGAUGCCCUUGUUGACGUGGUGAAGGAGGCCAAACUCAAAUGGACGAACAAUAACAUCAUGGUGCUCGGAGACUUCAACGCAGGCGGAGCGUAUGUCAAAGUCAACAAAAGGAAUAACAAAAGCGACUGGGAUGAUAUCCGCCUCUUCACCGACAAGGAAUUCUACUGGCUGAUCAAGGACAACGUUGCCACUACAUUGGCAGAAAAGCCUAUACAGACUCAUGACAGGAUUGUCGUCACCACUGAAAUGAACAAGGGAGUGGUGAAAGCUGAGGUCUUUAACUUCAUAAAGGCAUAUCAUCCGAAGGAGGCACGUGCUGUCAGUAACCAUUUCCCUGUGGAGGUGGAGCUGAAGCCGGAGCUGUUAGAAUGAUCUGUCAGAAACCUGAAAAAGACCCAGCAUUUCCUUCUGAAUCCGAAUUAGGAUUACCCAGUUGGAGUAUUUCUGGAACCCAUGCAGCAUUGAAAAAGAAUAAAAAAAUGAUUUCAU